CUCAGCUAGUUGACCUCAUUGUCUGCUGCUGUUUCCACUGAGACCUUCCUGGCUGACUGACAAGAUGAAGACUCUCUUCAUUUUAGUGGCUCUGCUCUAUUUCUGUGCUGGCAGCUUUGGAUGUGACUCAGGACUUCGGUUGAAUUGGGACUUUCCAGGUUCAGACAUCAAAAUCCUUUUCUCUCCGGAUGCUGAACACUGUCAGUUCCUCUGCACUCAGGAGGCGCCUUGUCUCUUUUGGGCGUUUAUUGGUCCUGACUGCUUGGUUGACGACAGACACUACCAGUGCUUCCUUAAGGCCACCUCCUCAGGAAAACCGGAAAAACAGAAUCCCAAGCAGGGCACCACUGCCGGUUAUUCUCUAAAGUCCUGCAGUCCACUACCGACGCCGUCACUGUGCAAAGUUUAUGAGAAUGUGGACUUCCCCGGAGCGGACUACAGAACCUUCUUCACAGUGGAUUACAAGGCGUGUCAGAAAGCCUGCACUGACGAUCCUUUCUGCCAGUUCUUCACUUUCCUCAAUGGGAAGUUUAGCAACACAAAUGCCCGGUACAAGUGCCACCUUAAAUACAGCUGGUCAGUACCAAGAACCCCCGCUGUCAGAGCUCUUGCUGACAGAACAUCUGGAUUUUCUCGUAAAUUUCAAAUAAUUCCAUCCUCUCAAACAGUGUGUCAGCACACACUUUUUCCAAACACUGACUUUCCUGGUUACGACAUCGAGGUUCACCAAGCCGGCUCUCCUGAACUGUGUCAGGUGUUGUGCUCCGCUCACCCACUGUGCACUUACUUCUCUUUUGUCAGCAAUGAAUUUAAAUGUUAUCUGAAGAACAAUCCAAAUCAAAUGGUCCCCAAAGAUGCCAGUGGUAUCACAUCUGGGCUGCCAUCCCGAUCCUGUCCGCUGCGUAACGAGACGAAUCCAUUCUCACCAAGUCACGUUACAACGUAUGUAGGAGUGGAUUUCCCAUACUCUGACAUUCGCUUUUUCCCACUGAACAACGUUGAGUCGUGUGAGAACGCCUGCACCUCGGAACCCAGCUGCCAGUUCUACAGCUACAUUACCUCAAGCCGUGUCUGCUAUCUGAAGCGUGUCAUCACCAUGCCUGCUCCUCCCAGAGUGACCAACCUAGCUGACGUGGUGUCGGGCUUCACCCUGAGGAACUGUUUCCUUUGAAUCCUGCAGCUGCAUUCAACUUUUAAAUGACUGGGCUUCUUACACAACUUUUAUAGCAAGAUGAACAAUUUUCAACUGCCAAGUAAAAAUUAAGUUUUAAGUGCUUGAGAAAUAGUUAUUCUUAUUAUCUAUGGAUUUCCAUAAAUAACACAGUGCUGGCUUUCAAUUUUCAUAUUGUGGUAUGGGGCCAUUUCAUAUAUUUGUGGGAUCAGGACCAAGAGCUCAGCUGUAUUUUAAAAUCGAACUCUUGAACUUGUCAAAAUAGGGAACAGAGUCUCCUUAUCCAGUUUAAGAAGACUUCAGCCUGAUUUUAAAGUUGUGUAAAAAUCAAGCAGCUAGUAAAACUGUCUUUUUAAAAAUGUUUUGAGUAAUUGGGCCUUCAGUCAAUCUAUAUAUAUAUAAUAAACAAUCUGAUGCAAGCUAAAAUGUCAUGUAACAUCCUGACAUAAAAGGUUACUGGUUACAUAUCAAUUUUUUUCAGAAAUGUACGAUCAAACAGCUACAUUUAUUAAAUAUUAUUACAUGUUUCACAGUAUAACUGUUGUGAUAUGUUCUGAUGUAGCCAAAAGAAUGAUUCGGGAGCAGCUCCGUGUGGCUCGCUUGAUUAUUUUCCCAUGAUUUUAAUCCCAGCCUCAGUACUUUAAUAAGCAAGUUAAUAUAUAUAAUUCAGCAGAACACAAACAAAACCUUCCAUGUGCAGAAGGUAAAUGUCAUCACCGUGAAUAAGACAUUGUUUGGGAAAGGUGUGUGCACAUUCACAAAAUAUAUGGAAGCACAAGUUCACUAAUAUAAUUUAGCUUGAGAGAAGUCAUGCUCAUUAAGGCUGAGCUACAGUCGCGCUAUUGAAAGUUAAAGCUAUGACUUUGAGAUUUUUAAAAUAGGGAUUGGAGUUUUCUGCCCUGCAUGCAGAUUUUUUUUUUUUUUAAAUUUGCAAACUUUUCAAACAUAAAAAAAAUGUGUGUGUUUUGCUUGGCGUUUUAGGCACAGUUCAAGAAGUUUAAGGUCUUUAUCAGGUCUGGCAUCGAAAUCAAGCAGUGCUCUGAGUCAAUGAGUCAGUGACUAAGCAGAGGAGAGGAAGUAUAAAAUGUUAUCUAAAAUCCAAACACCAAAGGUCAACCGUCUCAUUUUUUCAGAAAUCAAUGAUCAAGCAACAACAAAUAUUUUUUAGAAUUUUAAAAAAUUGAAUUAGUAAAAAAAAAAUUAUAAAUUGGGAAAUGUUUCAUUUUUCCACACAAUUGUUUCUUUACUAGACAUACAAGAGAAGGGUUGUGAUGAGUAUCUUGAUUUUCUUUUACUAGAUUUAUUAAAGCAAUGCAGGAAUCUUGUAUCUUUAACAACGUAAACAUUAUAAUCAGCAUAUAACCAAAUAAAUGGUUCCACAGCA